AUGGGUCAAGGCCGAGUAAAUCUUAUUACAGGCAUUGGCGCAGUUGUACUACUUGGCAAUAACUUUGGCGAAAACAUUCGACCAUCAAACAUUGAGGCAAUUUGCGAUCGUUGGUCUCAAAUGCUAAAGGAUAGAUCCUAUCUUGGAGCUUGUAUCUCAGACCUUACGAAUAUUAUGCGCUCUCAUGGGGAAGAAGGAGUCUUAUCUGUGCAAGAAUUACAAAAGUCAAAAGACUUUGGAGGAAUUCCAAGAGCUGGCAGCAGAACUCUGAAGCCCCGAGAAUCUAAGCCUCCAGUAGCUUCGGAGGCCUCAUACGGAGUUAAUGCCUUUGUUUCGCACCAAAUUCAGCUGCUCGGCGGAGGUAGUAAUAGUCUAAGCUUGACCUCUGGGCAUUUGUCACCAGGAGUUGAAUCAGCUACGACUGAGCAAUGCGAUUCAUAUCCAGGGCUUCAUGAGUCGCAGACUGGUGCCAGUAUCGACGGUUCAUUGGCGACGUCAAGUUCGAGUGACCAGGGAGGCUUUGUCUCGGGAUCUCAGACCCCAUCACGCAUUUUUGGUGAAGAGCUGCUUGGUGGUCAUCCUUCUAGCUCUCAAGAGGCCAAAGUCCUAACGAGCCAAGAAAAUGGUAAUGCAGACACACAACAAAAGACUGGUAGACUCGGUAAACGGGAGUUCUUUAAACAACAAUUUUCUCAGGCUGCCUAG